AUGAUCUCAUCUCAGGAUCCUGCCAUAGACGAGAUCUCGGAGCAACUUGCUUCCACCUGCAUGAACCAGCCACCGAGGAACGAAUACCUUGGGCUCCCUUACGAGCUAAUGCUCCAAUGGUGCGAAGAGCAUGGGAUUCGGGAGACCACAUCCUGGGAACGACUGCCACUUCUCGCCCCAGAAUCUAGGAAAGCCAUCCUAGAGGGACGGAAGGCGAGCCACGGAAUUAAGACCAUCCUUUCUGGCCCCUUCGUCACUGUCCUGGAAGACACGCUGUUCUACUCCACUCGACCGAGAUUGAAGAAGCUCGAGGAGAUAUCGCUAAUUGAAGCGUACCGUUCACAGAUAACUACUCUUUCGUUUUGCGGGCUCCAGUUCGCACCGGAGGGUGAUGUCUCAAGAUGCAACAAGGGACGUACUCCAGAAGAGUGCGCCAACUGGGCAAAGGAGUGGGAUGAGUGCACGCAACGCGGUAGAGACCAAGAAGAGUUUCGGAGUUCCGGCGAGUACAUCAGAGCCCUCUCGCAAAUAUUGACUCGCUUCCCCAAGCUCAAGCAUAUCCGCUCCUGGCCUGUCCAUCCAGAGAGGAGUGAAGGAUACUGGAUCGAUACCCGAAAAUUAGGGGACGGGCCUAAUCGCCGGUUCCGGUGGGAACGAACCGACGCCCAUCUCUACAAAAACGCCGCAGACACCGGGUACCGUGAACAAGAUCGAUACAAGCAAGGAGAUGAUCUCAAGCUGCUUUUCGCAGCUCUCUUCAUCGCGAAGAUACGCUUGAAGACGUUCACCACUCCACAUCUUGCGAACACAGCCAGAUGGGUAGCGAUCAGCGACAAGAACCUUCGAAACAUCCAUUGCGGACUUUGCGCUGCAGUCUUUAGUGAGCUUGAGGAGCUUCGCAUCAACAUCCACAAUGCUAGCUCCUUCUCCGACGCAGAUGAAAUUGGCAUCUGGCGCGUCCUCAGCGCUGCGCCCAACCUCAAACUCCUCGAUCUGACCUUCACGGCUAUUUCGGAGAGUCACUCCAUCUACUUCACCGGCCUUGUCAAGAUUCACAUGCCCAAAUUGGAGGAGCUACGGCUUAACUUCGACCACUCAACGACCUUGAAACCAGACGAGUUCCUCGGAAUCUUCAGACCGGAUAUCAGUAGGCUGCUUGGCCUCCGUCGUCUAUGUUUGGGCUAUAUGUCUAUCAACGCGGGUACCUGGGAGCACGUUUUGACCGAGCUCGGCACUCGACUGGACCUGGAGAGCUUGUGGCUCAUCAGCCCGCGCUUUGACGACGUGGUGCUUCCCCAUCAUUAUGUGGCGUAUUCCAAUUGGGAGUAUAAGCGCUUCGAUGCGGGUGACAGGCCUGCUUUCUAUGAGGCGGCGCGGUCGGUGAGAGUAAUUGACGAUUGGGAGCCGUUCGAGACUGCGCAGUUGGUUGCGUAGGGCUCGCCGCGCAAGUUUCUCAGCUUUGCUGCGUUCGAGGAGUAGGCUGCCUUUAUUGCUUGACCACUAGGUACAAGUCUCUCAUAUGUCGAGCUUUCUCGGUCCUGUCUUGUUUGGUAGUGCGAAGUCCUGCUCUUUUUUUCUAGCAUUCCUCUAAUGUUGUAUUCUAGCGGCGUUCCUGGAGUUCGCUCAAUUGGCUGGAACUUAGGUAUUCCCAUUCUAACAUCAGUAAAAAUCUUCUCCUUACAUCUUUAGUCCAAUAUGCAGAUUUGAGUGACAGGUCUCCUACAUCCCCGAAGAUGGGAUCUAUGCUCAAUGUUUCUUGAUAUUCGGAACCAUCGUUCCCGAUUGUUUUCUCUCCAAUAAACCGAC